CAGUGGCUUCUGUUCCUUCUUCCUGCUUCUCCUGACCAUUUUUUUUAAAUGCAUCUUGCUCUUUGUUUUUCAUAAUGGAGAGGGGAGAAAUGUAGAAAGUGUAACAACUUUUCAGUUUCAGAGGAACUCAAGAUCGAGAGAGUUUUAAAAAAAGGGCUGGGAGAAAGGAUUUUAACAGAAAGGCAAUACAGGACUCUCCCCCAGCUGAAUCAUUUGCAGGUCAAAGCACACUCUUGCCUGUAAUGUUCCUUUGAAAUCAAAAGUGAAAAUAAAGGCUCUUGUGUUCACAAGAAGGAAAGAAAAGCAGCUUUGAGUUUUUGCUGCCAUGGAGCUCAGCUACGAAUGGACCUGUCCCAUCUGCCUGGAAACCUUCAAAAAUCCUGUGACCAUCGAUUGUGGGCACAACUUUUGCCAGGCCUGCCUCAGCCAAUACUGGGGGGCAUCCAACAGGUGUGGUUCUUGCCCGCAAUGCCAGCAGAUGGUGCCACAGAGGAACUUCCAGCCCAAUCGGCUGCUGGUCAACAUGAUAAAAAGAGUCCAGAAACUGGAAGAGGAGAAAAGGACCCAGUGGAAGAAGAUGGGCACAUGUGCCAAGCACUGGCUGCCCCUGGACCGCUUCUGCAAGGAGGAUGAGACAACCCUUUGCUCUGUAUGUGAACGGUCCAAGGAGCAUCUGGAUCAUGUUGUGGUCUCCUGGGAAGAUGUUAUCCCAGAGUACAAGGAUCAAAUUGAGGCCAAUAUGAAAUCUCUGCAGAAAAGGAGAAUGAGUGUUAUGAAGCAGAUGACCAUUGAGGACCAUGGGAGGAAAGAAUGUUUAAAUCAAAUAGAACUUGAGAAUCAGAAGAUCAGUUCUGCUUUUGACCAAAUGAACAACUUCCUUAAAGAAAAAAAGGGUUUCUGGCUAGGUCAGCUGCAAGACCUUGAGAGCAGCAUCAAGGAAAAGUACGAAAGAAAUAUCUCAACCCUUUCAAAAGAGUUGCUGUCUCUCAGCAACCUCAUCGCAGUGAUGAAUGAGAAGUUUCAGCAACCAGCAGAUGAAUUCCUGCAGGACAUCAAAAGCACUUUGAAAAGGUUUGAGAAGAGGGAACGUGAUUAUACACCAUACCUACUUCCUGGAUUGGAAGGAAGACUCCAAACUUUCUCACAAAAAGUAGCUGCUGUAGAAAUGACUAUGAGAGUAUAUACAGAUUCCCUGGAGUAUGCACUGACCAAAGCAUGGUCUCCAAAACAAAUGCCAAAUAAAGUGGAUGUCACUCUGGACCCAAACACAGCAAACACCUUCCUCAUUCUGUCUGAGGAUCUGAAGAAUGUGAUCUGUGGAGUUGAAGAACAGAACCUGCCCAACGUCCCUGAGCGAUUUGAUUGGGAGCCUUGUGUGUUGGGCAGUGACAGAUUCACUUCAGGAAAUCCAUGGUGGGAGGUUGAGGUGAAGGAGGAAGGGGAAAUGUGGGUCCUGGGUGUUGCCAAAGAGACCAUCAGAAGAAAAAAAUCUUUCAUCCCUAGUCCUAGUGAGGAUGUCUGGGCUAUAGGAAAGCCUUCAGGGGGCUCCUUCUCAUCUAAUGAGCUCUGGGCUUUCACUUUCCCCAAGCCAAUCCUUUUGAACCUAAGGCAUAACCCCCAAAAAAUCUUGGUAUCCCUCAAUUAUGAGGAGGGAUGCGUGGAAUUUUUUGAUGCAGAUUCUGAUGAACGGAUCUUUACUUUCUCAGCUGCCUCAUUCCGCGGGGAGACAAUCCGUCCCUUUUUCUGGGUGACUCCAGGAGUCUGGCUAAAGUGUUGAGCCGUAAAAGAGAUUCACCAGUGCUACAGCUUCCACCUUUCAAAGAGCUAGCACUUUCAGAUCACAUUCAAGCAGCAACAGAAAUAUCUUUUUUCCCCAUUUUCUUUUAAAAAUUAAAAAUACAGAAAGAAAAAAAUACUAAAAGUGUGAAAGUCAAAGAGAAAAGGGGAAAAUAUUUUUUCCAGUCUUUCGGCAGUUACAUAUAUAAUUAAUAAUAUCUCUUUCUUUAAAAAUGAUUUCAUGUUCUAAUCUUUCAAUAGACUAUUCUCGCUAAUAAUCAAAAUGAAAAAUUACCAGUUUCUUUUCUCUCUUUUUUCACACCAAGUUAAUAUGGGAUUUCAGAUCUUUAGGAAACCUCAGAUCUUAAUAGAAACUGCUGGUUUUUGAAUGUAUCAAACAAAGGAAUAUCCAAAAGCUCAUCUGACCAGAUUAUGUAGAUGCCUCUGUCCACAAUAAGAGUUGUUGCCCUAGACAUCUCCCCAUGCGAGGGGACAAAAGGAGAGUCCAAGAUGAUGGGGGUAAUAAUCACAGUUUUAUCCCGGACCUUUGUCCCACAGGCAGCCUAAGACCUCCAAAAGGAAAUUGUGGGGCCCUGAGUAGAUGGUCUCCUGCUGGGAUCCAAGAAGGUCCUUUGUCCAAGGAUUAUGACCCAUCUCUGGCUGGCAUCUGGGGUGUGGAUAUUGAAUGUUUGCCAUUUAUGUGUGUAUUGUAAUGCGCCCUGAGUUCCCUGCAAGGUGAGAAGGGUGAAAUAUAAAUACUGUAAAUAAAUAAUAAAUAAAUUUAGUCAGUGGAGGCUUGGAAGGUUACUAUUUCCAACAAACCUCACAACCUGAGGAUGCCUUCCAUAGAUGUGGGCGAAACAUCAGGAGAGAAUGUUUCUGGAACACAGCCAUACAGCCAGGAAAACUCAAGCAACCCAUGUACAUGAUAAAAAGCAAAUCAAGAGUGAAGCUUUCAUAACUUGU